AUGGCGACUGUCGCGAAAUCAAAACCAAAGCGGAGGUCCAUGCCGGCGAUAAUAGGUCGUCUUACAAAUCCAUUCGAAAAGGCUACCGACGUGGAACCGCCAACUUUACCAUCUCAGCCCCAUAUUCUUGACUUGAUGCUGAAUGAAGAGUUUAGCAAUGCAGAUUUAGGACUAGAAGACCAGGAAGAAUCUACUGCAUCGGAAGUCAACGCUUCGACUUCUAUUGCGGUUGACCAGAAUUCACAGAGGUCAGCAGACGCCGACGAGAAAGAUAUAAAUAAUGUACUACUGUCACAGGAUGUGAUCGAAUCGCUGGAAACGGUUAAAAAAGUUGCCCUCUUUGCAUUAGACGGUAUAGUACGUCAAAUUGCGGAAGACAGCCUAGCGAAUUCAUUAAAUACUUCCCUUGGUAGCUCUUUGGAAACUGCAAAAACCAGCCCUAAGAAGAAGAGAUCUUUCAGUCAUUCUAUUGCAGAAACAAGUGCUAGGCUUGCUGAAUUACGGCGGGGAAGGGAAGAGUGGCAUAAAUCGCAAAUACUAGAAGAUAUUGCUAGGAACGCGACGAUGCUUGGCAGUAAAAGUGAAAUGCAACAGAUUGAACCUAUUCAGACAUCUUCAACAGACGUAGCUACUAUGCAUAGAAUUCAGCAUCAGCUAAAACUUAAUACACCCGUUGUGCCGAGCGAUGAUUAUAGUCUAGCGUGCUCCUUGGCUGCUCUUUUAGGGUAUUUAUAUCGCAUGCAGGAAUUGUGCGAGGCAGAUAUUCCUCAGUCAGAGAGGAACAAUAAUCAAAGAGCCGAUACCACAAAUGCUGAUGAAAUGAUACGAAUUACGAACAAUGAGAAUAUCUACGCCACGCUAAGGAAAGAAGUAACUAAUUUGCAGAAUCAUCGACAAAAUCUGGCUUUAAAGACGCAGGAACACAAUCUCCCAGCAGAAAGAUUGGAUACUUGGAAUGAGAUUGAUCGGUUAAUGGAUUUAAUUGCGAGAUUGUGUCGUGAGCGGUCAAUAAAUGAGCCACCACCACGGUAUUCCGUAGCUAUUGAUGAGAAAGAUAGAGCAUUCCAUAUUGACCCCCCUAAAUAUAGCUCGUUAUACAAUGAGAAAACUACUAGAAAAGUGGACAAUGAGAAAACUAGGCACGAUCUUGACAAUGUGAUUUCCGCAAUAGAACGUGUUUAUAGCGUUGCACCGCAAUUAAACAAUCAGCGAGUAGAACUCAGUCAUAGACAAACAAAAGAAUUAACAGCGGCAACUCUGUCGACUGCUAUCCAACGAUUAUCGCGUGGGCGGUAUGAAGAGCAACGCGCUUGUUUUAACACUGUUACGAAAUAUCAAACUUUGAAUAGACUUGUUGAGCAAAUCAGCAAAUCAGCUUCUAGGAGUUUUGUAGAUCAGCGCGUUGAGCUCAGUCCCCGUCAGCUUCGACAUAUAGAGGCAGCAAGGCUUAACUGUGUGAUAGACCGCUUGGGCAGAAAUAGGAUGACAGACCAGGAUUGGCAUCCACCAGAACAAUUACUAGUUCAAGACUUGACAAGAAUAACAAACGAAUUAACGGAAACGUCAUACAAUUCUGCAUACGCCGCUCAACGCUUUCAUUUGACAUCUGCCAAAGAGCGUGACAUGUUCAUGAAUAGCGUAAUUAAAAAGGUUGAAAAGAUGGGAUCAUACAGGCUUAAUAAUCAAGAUGCCGACCCCCCUGCACAGCGACGAGAACGUGCUUUACAAGAGAUUGAUCAGAUAGUGGGUAAAAUGGCGUAUUCUCCUGUCAUGGAUAGUCAACGCGCUAUAAGGACAAG